AGCUAGCGCGGGGAGUUACGUCAGAAAGCCCGCGCGCCGCCCGCUGGAGCCGUACGUGAGCCAGUGGGGAGCGGCCUCAGCACGGAUUCAGACUGCAGCGAUCUGGAGACCACCAUUAACGGUGUUAAUAACCCGCUGCACGUGGCAUGUACGCUGAACGACAUCAAACAACUGGCAUGGGUACUGGAGGUGGAGGCCUACAACCUGAGCGAGUGCGACAGCAACGGAGAGACACCGCUGUACAUAGCAUGCAAGAAGAGCCACCAUAGAUGCGUGGAACUCCUGCUGCAGCACAAGACCAGCAUCGCCUGCAGCAGGCGAGUCUCACGCAACAACAGUAAACUGGAGCUGCACAAAGCCGUGGAGAACAACGACCUGGUCUGCUUGGAGCUGCUGCUCAAGUACCGGGCCUUCGUGGACGCCAUCAACAUCAGCUGCGUGAAGGGGGUAGCGGGGAACCCGUACGUGCCCUGCGGCGGAGAGUUCGAGUUCUCCCGCACGUACCUGUACGGGAUGACGCCGCUGCAGAUGGCGUGCGCGCAGGGCAACUACGACUGCGCCAGGCUCCUGCUGCGCUACGGCGCCGACGAGAACUCGAAGAUUUCCCGGAAGUUUUGGAGCGGGUCCAGCCCGUUCGGGGUAGUGCUGGACGCCUACCCGCCGUCACCGCUGCAGUUGGCCUGCGUGUACGGACACCACCACAUCGUGGCGCUGCUGCUGGAGUAUCAGGCCUGCCCAAACUUAGCCGAGCCGGAGGAGAAAAUGCAGGACUACAUCACCCUGAUCCAGCGGAGGAAGUUCAUCUGCAUGACGCCGCCUCUCCAUCUGGCCUGCAAGUUUGGGCAUCUGAAGUGCGCCCACCUUCUCAUCGAGUACGGAGCCCUGGUCAACCUGGGCAGCCCCAACCCCGAGCACUUCCCGGCAGGCUGCAUGUGCACCUCCCGGCAGAACAUCGAGACUCUGGAGAAGAUCAGGAGCACCAUGUCCGGGGGAGCGCCGGACGAACUGGAGUUUCACAGGAUGUGGAUGCAGCGCCCCCUGGACGAUCGACCAUGCAAGACACCCCUGUUCUACGCGUGUGAAAGUGGCAACAUCGAAUGCGCCAAGCUGUUGCUGAGGCAAGGGGCCGUGGUGGACGUGGACUGCGUGGCAUGUACCCCCUUGUUCAUAGCGUGCAUGCGGGGACACAUCAACUGCGUGAAGCUGUUAAUCGCGCACGGCGCUAACGUGAACUUCAUCGCGCGGUACCACUGCUCCUGCGGGCCCUGCAACAUCAGGAGGCCCAACAACACACAGACGUUCUGCCACGGGCCGCUGACUCUCGCCAUGCACGCACAGAACAUAGAGCUGGCUAAAGUGCUGCUGGCGGCGGGCGCUCUCACCAACAACCCUGACGAGGACCGCUGGCCGCUGGAAGAGGCGUGCGCGUGGUGUUUCUCGGACGGAGUCGAGCUGCUGCUGAACGAGGGCGCCGCUCCAGACAGCUGCCGCCCGUACGACGUCACCUCCACGCCGAUGAGCGUCCUGUGCACGCGGCCUGCAGUACUGCAGCAGUAAGAAAGGCGCCAACGUGGACGACUUCAAAAGGUGCGUCCAACUCCUCCUGCACCACGCGCUCCCAAUCCGCGGUCCCAGCAGGUCCACCUUGCGGUCCUGUUUGGAACUGCAGCUCCAGUGGCAACUGGAGAGCAAUCGCGCCAUGAAGAAAGACAUCCUGGAGCUGUGCCAGGCGCCCACGUCUCUCCGAACACUGUGCCGUAUGGUCAUCCGUGGUUGCGUCGCCAAAAACUGUAAACUGUCCCUGGGCGUUCGGGCCCUCAACCUCCCGCGAGCUGUGGAAACUUUCCUCAUGAACUCGCUACAAGAGAGAAUUUACUAGACGAGGUUAAUUUACAUGUACAUCUCGUAUAUACAGCCGUUGCCAUUUGAAAUUUAACGGUCGAUCCCAUAUCGCAGAAAGACAAGCUGUGACAAAGUGUGUUGUUCAGGUUUGAGAAUCAGGCUUUUUACGAUUAGGCUUUUUGACCCGGUUUUGAACCCGAGCUUAUGUCUUUUUUACUAUCAAUAUCUUUGCUUUUUUUCCACCAUACAUGUCGUGCAGUUGCUAUUGAAAUGUUUCAAAUGCUUUUGCCCCUCAAAACCAU